GAGACGUCUAGCGCACGUGUCAACAUAUGCGUCAUCAUUCCGCGACGUUUUCAACAAGAAACUGCGGGAAAUUUUAAAUUGUAAUUUAGUAAACUAAAAAGGCCGUAUCGGCAUGUGUUGAAGUGUUAAUAUUUCAUCAUUGAUUUAUAAACUAUCAGACUGCGUGGUCGGUAGUAGUGGGUUUCAGUAGGCCUUUAAGAGGGUUUUUGGGAAAUGUGUUUCUCCUAUAGGAUUCGCUGGUGGUCCUGGAAUGCUUGAAAGACCUGUUGAUGAACUCUACUAAAUCACUUUAUAUUUUCUAACAUUUUAUUUUUGUACUAUUAUCUAUUCGGAGUUCGUAGUUGGUUUUAGUCUGUACUCUGUACGUGACGCCAUUUUGGACAGAAUACUUAGUUUUCAUUACAAUGUUGUCACCUUUAACUGCUCAAUAAUGUGGAUAUUACUGCUUCUAUAUCGACUUCCAGACGUCCUGGAGGCCAAUAUGAACCCAAGAGAUUUAGAGAACAGGUGGGAAAGCCCGAGAGGAGAAGGAAUGACACGGGAGGCUUCAGCUAACAGGAGGAGAUAUGCGGACAUCAUAUAUUAAAAUCCCUACAAAGCAUGGAGCUGAUGCCAAGUGAGGCUUCCGUGGAGGAGAUGAAGUGGUACGAGCUCUUAAUGCCGCUCUACGAGCCUGAAGAUGAGAUGGGCUAUUUGGGAGACCGUCAACCUCAUCCACCACAACCCACACCUAUUGACCCUGAGGACCCGCCAUUGUCCACUUUGUUGGCAGGAAGUGAGGAGCACGGCCCCUCGGGCGACUUCUACAACCAGGGAAACACUAUGGAGCGGUCUGACAUGUCGUACCAACAGUGCCUUGAAGAACCUCCGAUGACCCUGCCAACGUGUACAACAUGGCCUUUUGUUGAAAUGCAGCUAAAUGAUCAUCCUUCUCCCCCAACAAAGGUCUUCACAUCAAAUCGAAGGAGGAAACGCGACGUUCAGGACGGCAACAAGGCCUACAUUAAAAAGCCCCCAAAUGCCUUCAUGAUCUUCAGGCAAGAGCAGAGGCUAAAGGUCAUGGCUCAGUUUGAUAUCCGUGACAGCGCUGUGGCUAAUAAGGUGCUGGGUCACAUGUGGAAGUCUCUGUCAGAGCCCGAGCAGGAAAAAUAUUACCAGCAAGCAGAUGUGGAAAAACGGCUUCACAGCCAGAUGCACCCAAACUGGUCCUGCACAGACAACUAUGGCAGAAAGAGAAGGAAGCAGAUGGAGGAGUUGCCAAUAGGGAAUCCAUCAAUGAAAGUGUGACUAAACCAAUCAAUGAACAAAACGUCACCUUCAUCGACUCAAAAUUAUAACUAUGAAAUCAUACAAAUCCGUGUCAAAUAUUCCUCCCUUAUUAUGAUCGUAGUGUACAAUAACAUACACAGCAGACCAAAAUCACACGAUUAUUAUGUUUGUUGUGUACUGGAGCUAUAAACUUUGUCACGUUGCUCCAACAUUGUCACGUCAAAUGCCACUGUGUGACUCAAUAACACUGACUAAUAAAACAUAUCUGACAAAGCUUAGAAAAAAAAACACUUUUCAAGCAAUAUUUCUAAAAUGUCAUUUUGUUUGUUUGAAUAAUUUACUAACUUGGAUAGAUUUUCAGCCCAUGAAGGUCAUCACAUUUGGUUUGUUUGGGCCCCUCUUAGUGGACAUUUGAUAGUACAGCGGGUCAAAAAACUAGGGGACAAUAAUUUGAGGUAGUGUUCCCUCCAUUAUCGCGGGGGUUACAUUCCAGACCCUAGGUACCGUAUUUUUCAGACUAUAAGUUGCAGUUUUUUGUCAUAGUUUGGCCGAGGUUGCGACUUAUACUCCAGAGCGACUUAUGUGUGAAAUUAUUAACACAUUACCAUAAAAUAUCAAAUAAUAUUAUUUAGCUCAUUCACGUAAGAGACUAGACGUAUAAGAUUUCAUGGGAAUUAGCAAUUAUGAGUGACAGAUUGUUAGGUAAACGUAUCGCAUAUUCUAUAUGUUAUAGUUAUCUGAAUGACUCUUACCAUAAUAUGUUACGUUAACAUAGCAGGCACCUUGUCAAUUGGUUAUUUAUGCGUCAUAUAACGUACACUUAUUCAGCCUGUUGUUCACUAUUCUUUAUUUAUUUUAAAUUGUCUGUUCUUGGUGUUGGGUUUUAUCAAAUAAAUUUCCCCCAAAAAUGCGACUUAUACUCCAGUGCGACUUAAAUAUGUUUUGUUUUUUUCUUUAUUAUGCAUUUUCGGCAGGUGCGACUUAUACUCCGAAACAUACGAUAGGUGCAUUUUGUAGGAACAUUAUUUAGUAUUUUAUUGGUUUUUACAUACGCUCUCCACACAGCUUUCACACAAAGGACUCUUUAGUGCGAUAAACGCGUAAAAUGUAUCUUAAAAUAUUGAUAAACUGAAAUACUGUUGCUAAAAGGUACUAUUAUAUUUCACCAAAUUUCAAGGCCAGUGUCAUUAAGCGCAAUAAAUAUUGUUCUCCAACACUCGCCAGUUUGCCACAUUCGUGAACUGUUGGCCUUUAAACACCGGCUGUGUUUGUGUGGCUAAAGGGGGCUGCAAUACACCGCUUCCCACCUCCAUCUUUCUACUUUGACUUCUCUAUUAUUAAUCAAACAAAUUGCAAAAGAUUCAGCAAUAGUGACGUCCAGAAUACUGUGUAAUUAUGCGAUUAAAGCAGGCUACUUAUAGCUCGGAUCGGGCUGGAAAAAAAUGUCCACUACAACCCGAGACGCACGGGUCAUCAUACCGCGACGUUUUCAACUGGACACUUUGCGGGGAAUUUAAAAUUGCAAUUUAGUCAACUAAAAAGGCCGUAUUGGCAUGUGUUGCAAUGUUAAUAUUUCAUCAUUGAUAUAUAAACUAUCAGACUGCUUUGUGGGUAGUAGUGGGUUUCAGUAGGCCUUUAAGGCGUCUCACUUUGCUGCCAUCUCGUGGGCUCUUGGUGUAACCACAAAAGUGUCCAAUUUUCUCAGAUUUCAGGUGCCAGACAGAACAUUUUCAGGCAAAAAUCAAAGUUACUUCAUUGGUGUGAUAUGUCUAAUACGUAGGACUACAAAAUGAUAAGCAAGCCCAUUUUAUUUUAAUAAAAAACAAAUGUUUUAUUAAUAUUGUUUGUACAUAGCAAACACUAAGAGCAGCAGAGGACCACGUGUUGAGUGUGUACAGUAAGUUGUGUGUAGAGCAGCAGUGAGCGGAGGCAGGCCUUCUUCCUCAUCUUCAUCAGGGCUGCACCGCGGUCACUUGAACGACUUGACUUUUACUCCUCGGCAAAAAUUAAGAAAUAAAGAAUAGAAACAAAUCCUUCCUGGAACACUUGACAAAGAAAUAAAUUCAUUUGAAUAUUUGGAUGGUGUUCAUUUCAUAAAAAGGACAAAGCGGCGAUCCUUCCAUUUGAUCAGCAAAGUUUUUCAGCCCCUUAAAAAAUUCCACUGAAAUAAAAUUCUUCCUUCCUCCACUCAACUAACUGCCACCUUGGGUAAACAGUUUAAAAGUGCCAUACGGUUUGGUACCACCCCCAAUCCCACCCCACCCAUUAGUUAAAAAAAACAACAAAACAGUAAAGUUCAAUGCCAUUUCACAGGUCGGUGACAACAACAACGUUGUCAAUAAUUACUUUACAAUAUUGUUUAUACAAGCAUGAAUGUAGAUGCUAUUCUUACAAUAUAUACAUAAAGUCCAUAGAUACACAAAGAAAGAACCGCUCAAUGGACACUGAAAAUAAGAGUCUUCAGCCCAGACGUCUACUUGUCCACACUCGCAAAUUCCAAAGGUGACAAGGGUUGUCACUCCUCAUCCGUACACACCUACAACAGAAAUAAAUGAGCAUAAAGACAAAAUUAAUGCAUUUACUUAAGGAGUAAAAUCAAUUCCAAAACUCCAAACACACAAGGUUUUUACUCACGCAGACAAUUGGCAAGUAAAGAUAAUUUCUGAAGUAAAAAAACA